CUUAUCUUAUCUCUAACGCAGCUCCUCCACUCAUUUCUUCUUCUUUCUUCCUCAUACAUCCCAUCGCCAAGAGAUUAGCCAUGCCGAGCAGCCGAGCACCACCACAACAGCUAGGAAGAUGGAAGAGCUUUGACGUCGCCUGUCGGCACCAACAGCCGGAGCUCCUCCGUUGCAUAGUUGGAGGCGGCAUAGCUGCAAAGCAGCGCCCAUGGAGGGGAGCCAUGGUGAGCACCACCACAACAGCGGGGGAACCGGGAGGUGCUGCCGGCGAUAAGAAACGGCGCUCGUCGACGAACGCUGGUGCUGCAACGCACGAACGCGUCGACGGCCGCCAUACUCGAGCGACAGCGGGGGGAGCUGCUCGGCGCAGGCGACGAAGCUGCAAUGGAGCGCUCGACGCCGACGGCGGAGCUGCAAUGGAGCUGCUCGGUGCGGGUGGCGCAGCUGCAAUGGAGCUGCUCGGCGCAGGUGACGGAGCUACAAUGGAGCGCUCGACGCCGACGACGGAGCUGCAAUGGAGCUGCGCGGCGCAGGCGACGGAGCUGCAAUGGAGCGCUCGACGCCGACGACGGAGCUGCAAUGGAGCUGCGCGGCGCAGGCGACGGAGCUGCAAUGGAGCGCUCGACGCCGACGACGGAGCUGCUGGCGCAGGCGGCGGAGCUGCAAUGGAGCUGCUUGACACAGGCGGCGGAGCUGCAAUGGAGCUGCUGUUGGAAAUAUGCCCUAGAGGCAAUAAUAAAAUGGGUAUUAUUAUAUUUCCUUGUUCAUGAUAAUUGUCUAUUGUUCAUGCUAUAAUUGUGUUAUCCGGAAA